AUGAAAGUAAUCAUUUCGCAUCACAGUGUUUUGAAAGGAGAGGCUGACAAGCAAUAUGUGGUUUAUCAUGUCACUGUAAAUUAUGAUGGAGUCAUUUGGGAAGUCUGUAAAAGAUAUUCCGAGAUUGAAAAGUUGCACAACGCACUUUCAAAAAUUAUUAACACUAAAAAGUUUGGAAAAUUCCCUAAAAAAUACCUCGUUGGCAAUUUAAAAGAAGACAAGAUUCAUGAACGACAAAUAGAACUUCAAAAUUAUUUUGAUAAUUUAUUGAGCGAACCUCUUGUUCCAACAUUACAGGAAAUUAUUGAAUUCUUUGAAGUGAAUAAGCACUGGAAUGAAAUUAAGACUAGUAAAGGAGGCACAUUCGCAUCGACAUCCUCUCAAAGUCAACCUUCGCAAGUCGUACAUUCUUACAAUCAAACGAUCACAGUACAGGUUGAAUCCUCGAAUACAGAAGUACCAAUUUACAAUAUUAUUGACUCGAACACUUCCCAACAGGGUAAAAGUCCAACAACCAUCCCAAGCCCCAGCUCGAACCAAAAUGUUGAGGAGGAAAAGAACAACAAUUUACAACAAAAUAAGUUCAUGGCCAUCCGUGACCACUUUGCCAAGGAUGAAACUGAAUUGAGUUUUAAAGCAGGAAAUAUCAUUGAAGUGAUUCAGAAAGGAUCCAACGAUAGAAAUGAAGAGGAUUGCUACUGGUACGGCAGAAUGAUUGCAAAUGGAUCUCAAGGAUUUUUCGAUGCCAGGUGCUUGGAUUUGGGUAACAAAGCUCCUAGAAUUGUCUCUGUAUUAAUGAAUGAUGACGUUUAUGACACUGAUGACAGUGUGCAAUUGGAUGGAACUAUUAAAACCAUUGAAAUAGAUUACGAAGCUGAAGGAGAGGGAGAAGUGAGUGUGCAGAGAGGACAAAAAGUUAAAAUUCUUCCUUCGUCUCGUCAGACACGAAAAGGCUAUAAAUUAGUAGAAGUAUUAUCAGACUCAUGCCAAACAGUGACAGCUUGUGGCUACAUUCCAACAGAAUACGUUAUGAUUUUUUGA